AUGAAAGGAAUUCUCUUCCUUCUAUGUGUCCUUCUUGUUCUUGGCUCUUUUGCUUCAUCGUUUAAUAAUGACUACUCAGACUUUUUAGACGAUGCCCCUACUCCAAAAAAUUCGAAGAAAACCCAAAAACCUAAACCUGCUAAUAAGGUUUCUACUAAAUCAGUUGAUCCACCAAAAAGUAAACAAAAAGUAAAACAAAAUAAGAACACACAAGCGCCACAACCAAAAAAAACAACUCAAAACACUACAAAAAAACCAAAUGUAGUCUCUAAAUUAAAACAAUCAGUUCAAGUAACUACUGACAAGAAUGGUAAGAAGACUGCUACCGUUUCAAAGAAUUUAGGCCCAAACACCAAAGUCUCUGGUUCUGUAAGUGCACAAAAAACUCCAAAUGGUAUCACUGCUGGUGUUUCUGGUAAUAUUAACUAUAACAAAGGUCCUGUAACAGCAACAGCUAAAACUGGUUAUCAAACUUCUCCUCAAGGAAAAACUUAUGGUGCCUCUGUUGAUGGAAAAUACAGUAAAAAUGGUGUCAAUGUUAAUGGAAAUGCUUAUUAUGGUAAACAAAAUGGUGUUAAUAAAGCCGGCGCCAAUGUAAAUGCCUCUUAUAAUAGUAAAAAAGUACAAGCUAAUGCAAAAGCAGGAAUUAAUAAAGAUGGCAGUUCUACUACUUCAAGUGCUAGUGCAAGUGCUACAUAUAAACCAAACGAUAAAACAACAUUAUCUGCUAAUGGUAAGGUUUCAAAGACUAAUGGACAAACUACUGUUCAGGGUAAUGCUAAUGCUUCGUACAAUGGCAAUAAGGUACAAGCCAAUGCUGGUGUUAACUUCAAUAAAGAUUCUAAUGGUAAAACUACGAGUGCUAAUGGUGCAGUUACUUAUAAACCAAAUGACAAAACAACACUAUCUGCUGAUGGUAAAUUUACUAAUACCAAUGGAAAGAAAACUUAUGAAGUAAAUGGAAAAGCAAAUUAUAAUGGAGAUAAAUUACAAGCAAACAUAAAUGCACAAUCUAAAAAUGAUGGAACAAACAAAGUUAAUUCUAUUAGUGGUGAUGUCACAUAUAAACCAAAUGAUAAGACCACAAUCUCUGCUGAUGGUAAGGUUUCAAAGACUAAUGGACAAACUACUGUUCAGGGUAAUGCUAAUGCUUCAUAUAAAGGAGAUAAAGUACAAGCCAAUGCUGGUGUUAACUUCAAUAAAGAUUCUAAUGGUAAAACUACGAGUGCUAAUGGUGCAGUUACUUAUAAACCAAAUGACAAAACAACACUAUCUGCUGAUGGUAAAUUUACUAAUACCAAUGGUCAAAAAUCUUAUGAAGUAAAUGGAAAAGCAAAUUACAAUGGAGAUAAAUUACAAGCAAACAUAAAUGCACAAUCUAAAAAUGAUGGAACAAACAAAGUUAAUUCUAUUAGUGGUGAUGCUACUUAUACUAAUGGUGGUUUAACAGCUAAAGUUAAUGGAAAUAUGGCUAACACUAAUGGUCAAAAGAGUAACGAAAUACAUGGCUCUGUUAAUUACAAAAGUAAAGAUGGUAAAUUUGAUGGGUCACUUGAUGCUAAACGUUCUAAGAAUAGUAAUGGUGUUUCACGUUCAGCAAUUGCUACAGGAACAUACAAAAUCAAUGAUCAUUCAACAGUGAGUAGUAGUGGAUCAAUUAAGUCAACUCCAGAUGGCAGAAGUAAUACACUCUCUAGUAAAUUAGAUUAUAAAGCAGAUAAAUUUACUGGGUCAUUAGAUUUAAAACACACAAAAGAUAACCAAGGAAUAAAGACUAAUUCUGCUGGAAUUAGUGCUGAAUUUAAUCCAAAUAAUAAGUUUGGGGCUAGUUUAGGAGGUAAACUAACUAAGAUUGAUGGAAAAAGAAACGUUGAUUUUGAAGCAAAGUUAAAUUACAAACCAAAUGAGAACAGUAAUUUAUAUGCCUCACUUAAAAGAGACCAAACAAAUAAUAAUAAUAUGAUUGGACUUGGAGGAAAUUAUAAAAGUAAUAAUGGUAAGUGGGAUAUUACUGGUGAUUUAUCCCUUAGUAAAGGUGUUCAGAAUGCUAACGGAAAAAUUAAUUUCUCACCAACAACUAAUACACAACUCUCAGUUAAUGGAAUGUAUACAAAGUCAAAUCUUGGUAAAGAUUGGAAAUAUGGUGCUGAAGUCCAACAUAGCUUUAAUGACAAAUGGUCUGCUAAUGCUCAAGUAAGCAAUUCAUUAAAGAAUGGUUUAGAGUAUAGUGGAGGAAUUAACUAUAAUAUUGGAAAGAAUUCACAAUUUAGUGUGAAUGCAGGUAAAUCAGCUGCUAAAGGUGGUUAUGUUGGAGCUGGUUUUAAAUUGAAUUUCUAA